AGAAAGAAUGAGGGUAAAAUGGAGAAUACACAAAUUACAGGCAAAUGGAAAAUAUUAGUAGCGCAUCGGCACUGUGCAAAUGAGUUCCUAGGAAACAUUUCUCAGCUGAAACCACACACGCACUCAUUCUCACUUUGUCUUCUCUGAUUUCAUAAGAAAGUAAGAAGAUAUCCAUGGACCCUUCAGAGCUUAGGUAUUAUGAGGAUGAUGACACUCCAACAAUGAAAACAAUCAAGGGCGCAACUACAGGUUUUGUUGCUGGAACUAUCUGGGGAACUGUUGUUGCUACAUGGUAUGAUGUGCCUCGUGUUGAGAGAAGUGUUGCCCUACCUGGGCUUGUAAGGACACUGAAGAUGAUGGGCAAUUAUGGAAUGACAUUUGCUGCCAUUGGCGGAAUAUAUAUUGGUGUUGAGCAGCUGUUGCAGAAUUAUAGGAUGAAAAGAUCCUUUGUCAACGGUGCUGUUGGUGGUUUUGUGGCUGGGGCUUCCAUUCUUGGUUUCAAAGGCAGGAGCAUCUCAACAGCUAUUUCUGCUGGAACAGCACUGGCUUUCACCUCUGCUGUGAUUGAUGCUGGAGGUCAGACAACAAGAAUAGACACAGGCAAAGAGUAUUACCCAUACACCACCAAGAAAAGACCUGCCGCUUCAUAACUCUUUCAUAUCAUUAUCGAGGAUGCACUUUCAACUUAAUUCGGGAUAAUUAAUCCUUUCUAGGAUGCCUUUGUUUUCUAAGAUUUAAUCAUACACUCAGUUCCCAGUUUGCUGUUUGCAUUUAAAGGGAGAAUGUUGAUUUGCAUGACUUGUUGUGUAUCAGAAUAAUGGCGUAGAUGACAGUCUCUGAACCUAUUGAAUUUGGGGUACUUAGGUUGAGUUUUUUAGAGGAUUUCAUACUUGUAUUCAAUGGCUUUCGGAAGAACAAUUCCUUGCGGGACAUCCACGAUUCAAAGUUCAAACAUGAGUUUAAUGAUAUUAUGACUAUUAAGGGUUC